AUGUUUCUUCAGAACAAGGAAAACGAGGCAAUCGGAGCGCCUUCCUACCCAAGGGAAGUUCGGAUACAGAGCAUUGUCAUCCUCGUCGUAUCAGUUUUGUCGCUUUGUGGUGCCGGAUUCAUCAUGACCAGCUACCGGAUCUUCCCAAACCUGCGAUCCUUCCGCCACCGUCUCAUCAUAGGACUCGCCAUCAGUGACUUCCUCAUGGCCUUCAACUUUCUCUGCUCGACAUCGAUGAAUCUCAGCGGCAGAUUCAUCGGAGCUCCUCAACAGGCCGACUUUUGCAGCCUCAACGGUUUCAUGGCCCAGGUUUUCGUCAUCCAGACCGACUAUUGGGUCUUGACCAUCGCUAUUUGCACGUACUUCAUCUUGGCUGGCCAAAGAAAGCGAGCCAGCUGGGUACAGAACCAUGAAGUCGUCAUCUGGGGACUCCCGUGGUUCUUCUCUGUUUUAUGGGCCUCUAUAGGCCUCGGGGUGGUUGGCUACGAGAAUAUUGGGGCCUGGUGCUGGUUCAAGUCAGAUAAAGUGAGGUUGCUCGUCAACUUCGUUCCUCGAUGGAUUAUCAUAGGCAUGAUGUUUGUUUUAUAUGCAUAUCUGGCUAUUAUUCUUUACAGAGCCCACAACAGGUUGACCUCGAUGCAGGAGUUUCCCGGGCAUCUGGAGUCUGGAUACUCGACUCGAGAAGGGAGUCGGGCAACAAGCAUCCACGAAGGGCUCGAAGACCGAUCGAUGGUUUCCAUUAGAAGACUGAAAAGGAUCGCUCGCUUGCUGCUGUUGUAUCCACUUGCUUACGCCAUCGUCUGGUCGAUUCCAACUGCCAUUCGCAUAUACCAGACGACACAGGAUAAGCCGGCAGCGUUUGCAUUGCAAAAUAUCGACCAAGCCUGCAUCGUAAUUCAGGGCCUCGUAGACGCCGUAAUCUACGGUCUGAACGAGACGACAGUAGCAAGCUAG